AUAGUUUAUUGAAUCUACUUUCUUACUAAUUUAUUUUGUAUUGAAUUUUAUUAUUUUCGAAUCGUAUUUUAAUAUUUGUUGUACGUAAAUUAUUUAUUUAUUAUAAAAUGGAUGUAAACUCAGAUAGGGAAAAGCGUUUAUCUGAAAUGCUGUUUUACAACGAAACCAGAACUAAAAAUGAUUUUCGGGGUUGGGAAAUUCGGCCUAAAAUUGUAACACAGUUCAUUGAGAAACCAAGAAAACGAUCGAAGGCUGCAGAAUAUCGGCCUCAGAAUCAUGUGGAAACUAUGGAGUCUGUAAGGAAGGCGGUUCCAUUCCAUAUGUUCAUCAAGUACGACCCAAUUCUUCGCCGUGACCCCAAGGCAAAGCAGGAACCUUAUGAGAAGAUAGUACAUAAGGAAAGAUCCAAAAUUCAGAAGAACAGAAGACAGUGUGUCAUGACUCCUGCUGUUAGCCUGGAUUCUUUAAAGAAUGACAAUCAGUACCAGUUGCUUGUGAACGACAUGUACACGUCGACGACCCAGAAGGCUCUCAAGGAGACUGCUGCGGCCACCGUCUCCAGAAAUCCCUGCAAGGCUCCCUUCCCUGGGACCUACGCUCACUGCAAACCGAUCGACCUUCAACUCCACCGGCCGCAGGUGGUGCCACCUGAGUGGCGAAGAGAGACUAUCACCUGGGACAGCAAACAGCAACGAGGUCACACCGACGCCACUGAGGAAUUCUGGCUCAACAGAACGCCCCAGAAGGGACCUCAACAUUAUAGACCACACUUGUGUUCACAGAGCAAUGAUGUUUUACAAUAGAAGUAUAGCAAUACCAAUUUUUGCCCGUAUACCAAUUUUUAGCUUUC